CCGAUGCGCCGGAGCAGCGCCCGGCUGGCCAUGCCCCGGGGCCGCCCGCAGACGCCGCUGGGGUGAUGCUACAAGAAGCCCGGGAUGCCUUAUGUGGAUCGACAGAAUCGUAUCUGUGGGUUUCUAGACAUCGAAGAAAAUGAGACCUGCGGCAAGUUUCUGCGAAGAUAUUUCAUCUUGGACACCCAGGCCAAUUGUCUUCUGUGGUAUAUGGACAACCCCCAGAAUCUGGCUCUCGGGUCAGGAGCUGUCGGAUCUUUGCAGCUGACCUAUAUAUCCAAGGUCAGCGUCGCCACCCCGAAACAAAAACCGAAAGUCCCGUUCUGCUUUGUUAUCAAUGCUUUAUCUCAGCGUUAUUUCUUACAAGCCAGCGAUCAAAAGGACCUACAGGACUGGGUGGAGGCUCUGAACCGUGCCAGCAAGAUUACGGUGCCAAAGAGUGGUAGUUUGCCCCCAGCCACAGAGAUUACAAAGCCCCCCAUUGCACCCCAAACCCAGGAGAAGAAACCACAGGUGGCCUACAAAACUGAGAUCAUUGGAGGGGUGGUUGUGCACACACCUAUCUCUGUCAAUCAGAAUGGAGGGGAAGGAGCAGACGGAGGCGACGUGGCCACUCACCCUCUUCUGAGACGCUCCCAGAGCUACAUACCCACCUCUGCCUCCAAGCCGUCCACAGGGCCACCUGUCCUCAAGAGCGGCUACUGCGUGAAGCAGGGGAAUGUGAGGAAGAGCUGGAAACGCCGGUACUUUGCUCUUGACGACUUUACUAUCAGUUAUUUCAAGUGCGAGCAGGACAAGGAGCCCUUGCGUUCGAUCCUCCUGAAGGACGUCCUCAAGACCCACGAAUGUCUAGUCAAAUCUGGUGACCUUCUCAUGCGGGACAAUCUGUUUGAAAUCAUAACGAGCUCCAGGACAUUCUACAUCCAGGUAAAAUCAUUCCUAGUUUAAGAGGAUUUUGAAAUGGUUAG